AUGUCGACAAAGCUCAUUUUCCUCAUGGGUGCUCCAACGCAGCAGAAUCUCUGCUGGGAUGAGGAGGGAUUGCUCGACAGCCCUAUAUUUCCGUUCUCUGGUCCAGAUAUUGAAGUACAAGUGAACCAGCCUGUCUCAAAAUCUCAUGCGGUUAAAUGGAGAUUGUUACAGGAUCCGAAGGUUCAAGGGCAAGAAGGAGGAAACACUUGGCCCGAAGCAGGCAGGCAUGCUAUAUUUUUGAGAACCCAAGAUCUCACGACCUUAAAUGGCGUAUCAUCAGUCUCGCCAAAUGACUCGGCAAUCUCUCAAUUCUACGACCAUUCCUUUGCAGUACACGAGACGUCCGAGAUCUCUGUACCUGGAGCGCAUCUGGGAGACUCUAUUCAGGAGAGCGGCUUAUCAGCCGACAGUACAGGAACAUCCGUUGCAUCGUCCAGUGACAGAGAAGCGCCAGAAUUGGGUUCCCUAGCGAUUCAAGGAUGUCUCAGUGACCUGAAGGAUAUCCCCAGCGCCACAUAUCUACAAUCGAUUGUGCCUCAGACAAUGACAGUAAACCUGAUUGUCGGCAUCAUCGCAAUUCAUCCUCCACGCCGCAUAGUGACUCGGCAGUGGAAAAGGGAGCUGGACCUCGUGGAAGUGGUGGUGGGCGAUGAGACAAGAACAGGAUUCGGAGUUACCUUCUGGUUGGCCCUGGGUGACGAAACAAACGCCACUGGCCGAUGUGACAUCGAGGCUCAGAAGCUUCGAACGUCUUUGUCUAGUCUCCGACCUCGAGACAUUGUUCUCCUGCGCAUGGUAGGAUUGAGCUCAUUCCGAGAACGGGUAUAUGGGCAAAGUGUGGGCAGGGGGGUAACAAAGGUCGACCUGUUGCACCGCCAGCGGAUUGACGCAACGGACGCAGGAGGCAUUUACAGUGCAAGGCGCCUGCAAACCUUCAGAGACGAUGAAACCAAGCAUGGUGAUCUGCCAUUGAUGAAGGUGUGCAAAGUACGGGAGUGGAUCCGUCUGUUUGUGGACCCUGCACCGGAUCUAGUAGGCGGUGGGAAUCGUACGUCAAGGAAACAUGGCCAGCCUUUGCCUCCAGACACGCAGGAGUAA